GAUUGGCGGUGCGAGUCAUGCUGGGAAUAGUGAUGUGCGUGUCAUGGAGGCUCGGUGGGUAACCGGGAGCUGACGUUCGCUCUGUGGUCUCCGCUUAGAAUGAUCCACAUGGAGCGGAAGGUGCACACGGCUGGGGGCUCAUGCUCCUGCUGUACGGGGGCAGCUGCUGGUGUGCGAGAGACAGUGGAGGAGAUGGACUUUCAGAGAGGUAUCUGGUCGGCAGCUCUUGAUGGAGAUCUCAAAAGAGUUCGACAUUUCAUUCAGAAGGGGACAAAUCCUAGCCUGCCUGAUAAUUUUGGGUACACAGCACUGCAUUACAGCAGCAGACAAGGAUGUGUGCCAGUGUGCCGCUUUCUUUUGGACAACGGCGCUGACUGCAAUGCACAGACACAUGGGGGUUGCACAGCUCUUCACAGAGCAGCUUACUGUGGCCACUUAGAGGUGGUGCAGCUGCUCCUGGAGCGUGGAGCUGACCCAGCAAAGACUGACUCAGAUGGGAGAACAGCACUUCACAAGGCAGCGGAGGGUGGCCACCAGAAGAUAUGUCACCUACUUCUGAAUCACAGCAGCAAACUCUUGGAACUGCAGGACUGUAGGGGCCUGACUGCUGCCGACCUGACUGCUACUGGUGUGAAUCGGCUCUUAUCCUCCUAAAUUUCCACUCAGUGGCACGUCUUCUUAGCCCCUUGUGUGCCUGCAAGGCUGCUUCCUGGGAGAGAAAUAAUUGGUCACUGUUCUUCCUGCUUGAACUUGUUGGCAGCUCGGCAAAGUGAGGAGCCCUCUGGCCAGCAAGCGAGGACCAGAAAAUGCUUGGGCACUUUAUCUUUAAAAAAAAAAAUAAUAAUAAUGGCACGGAGGUAUGGCAUUGGGCGGAAAUCUGCUGUUAUUAGGACAUAACAAUGCUCUCCAUUAUAGUAACAGGUCCCUGUUGGGGGAGAGACUGGGCACCAGGUUUGCUUUCAAGGUAUGGGGGAUUAGAGAUGAUUUCCUCCUUCAUCACUUUCUCUCCAGCAUUCUGUGGCCAAGUAUCUGUUGUUAUUUCUUUUCUGCUUUCUGCAAACAAGAUAGAAUAAGUUACUAUUUGUAUAAUAAGGUCAUUAAAGUUAUUACUAAAUCGUGUUCAACUAA